UCUCAACUCCAUAAACAAUGAUUAAAAUAUUCAUACUUAUAAACCUGUCUCAGCAGUCUCUCAACUAAGUAACGUCAAUAUAUUUUUUUCUAGUAACAUUAUCGUAAUAAAACCCGCUAUUCACGUAAGACUUGACUAAAAAUGUACUUUUUGACAAAUAUGAAUGGUAGACUUCAUUUUGUAUGACGUUUAACUGACAGGAAAUUGAAAACUUUCAAAUUUCAAACAUUUGUCGUUAUCACAGAUUUGAGAUUAUUGUUAUAGGUAUUCAAAUUCAGUUUUAAUUAAAAUCACAGAGCAAUUAAAAUGAGUUCAAUGAUUAAUAAACGUUCUCGUUCGACGAAUUGGAGUGAGGAGGAUAAGAAAGUGCUUCGAAAAUUAGUGCUCGAGCGAGCACAUAUAUUAGAGAAUAAGGAUACGUCGACUAACACAAAUACAGCAAAAAAACUUGCAUGGGAAGAUGUUUUGUCUUGUUAUAAUAUCAUUUCACUCCAUAAAAGGGACUUAAGCCAAAUACAAAAUCAGUGGAGAAAUAUGAAGAAUCGGGCUAAGGCUUCGGAACACAAUUUUAGAAAGGCAAGAAACAUGACAGGCGGGGGGCCUCCACCACCAAGUCCUCCGCCUGAAGAUCAAGAACUAAUAGCAGCUCUGCCUAAUGAGUUUGUGGUUGACAACAAUCCUUUCGAUAGUGAUACAACACAUGACCAACAGGAAGUUACUAAGGAGGCUGGUGAUGAUUCAUUAGAAAGCACUGCACAUGCAAAGCCUGAUUUGCCAAACUCCACUGAAUUGCCACGAAUAACAAAACCUACACAUCAUUUCAAAGCUAAACCAAAAAAAACUGGGAAAUCAAAUUCCAAUUACGAGCAUCAAUUAUUCCUCCUUGCAAAAAAAAGCAGGGAGGAAUUAAUGAAGCAGCAACAAGAGUUGCAUUUACUAAGAAUGGAACAAGAGAGGGAGCUUCACGAGAAGAGGCUCCAAAUACUUGUAUUAGAGGAGGAAUAUUUAAAAAAAAAAAUAAUAAAUUUAGAAAAAUAA